AUGGCAGUGGGACGGGACAUCCCAAAAUGGCAAUUGCCCCAGGCCAUUGAGUACCGGAUCGAUGAGAAGAAAGCACUUGCAGUAUUCUUUCUUUGCCCGCUUGAUGAGAGUGAGAUAGGUGAAGUCUGCAAAAAGAUAGUCGUUAUCGAUGAAUCAUGGACCGAGCGGCCCGAUGGUGAAUUGUGGCCUGUAGUGCCCGUACCCUGGAUUCAUAGCCAGACACCACCAUUAUCCUCCAUAUUCGACAUUCGCGGGAGCGUUUUCAUCGAUGAGGAGUCAAUGAGAACGGACACAGCCAUAGUUGUGCAGUCUGUUGGUGACCCGGAUUCGAGGGUUGCUCGUGUUCCCCUGGGGCGGGUGAAUUUGAUCGCACAGUCCCUGAUGUCACGAGAGAUCCCAUUUUCUGAGCUUGUAUCACCAAGUGCAAUAAUUAGCAUUGAGCAAACACAAGCAGAUCCGUUAGAGCCAGCAGCCCAGCAAAGCCAUGUGCCGGUUUACGCAUUGCCCGCUCAUCUACCCAGGCACCUCAAGAUAGAACCGUUGACACUUACCUUGAUUUCUCUUGUAUAUCUCUCAGAAGACGAAACUACGCGCCUCAAAGCUACAGUUACGAUGUCGGAGCAGAUAUCCGACGUCGUCAUCUACAAUUGGCCAGACGAAGAAAAUCCAUGCUCUCGGGAAGAUUUGUAUCGCCUAUUUUCACAACUUGAGCUAGACAUUCACGCUGGCUGUGAUGAGAUUUAUGCGCUAUUCAUUGAUCGAAAAUGUGACGGAUCCUACCAAAUCCUUCGAGCACAAAAAUAUAUCUGCAAAUUUUACCAGGGUGUGAUUGACGACUUGAAAGAACAGUUUAUUGAUUUGCGCGAUUUGAAGGAACCCAGGCUUGCAGCGGACUUCUGGCAUAUGAUGUGGAAUCCCUGGCCAGAUGGCAAAAAUGGUGACUCGUGGAACAGCUCCAGAGCCAGUACCAGGUUAUACAAUAAUCAAGUUGCCAUGUUAGGAAACUAUGCGGAAAUCGUGCCAAACCCCGACAAAUUGGUGAUGGGCCUCUAUCAUCCUAUUUUCGUCUUAUCACCUAUGACUGACGCCGAUCUGCGGUUGAUUCGAUCCUACAUUAUGAGGGAAGCGGAAACGGCGGAUGAAUGGUGUCUGUACAAUGUCUCAAAGAAGCUCGAGUCUCCGGAUAUAGGAAGUUUGAUGCAAUGGUUCAACGAGUCGACUGAAUCCCCAAGUUACUUUAUGGCCGUGGACUCAACGACCUUAAAGAUAGCCCGAUCCGCAAUGAGCCAGGUCCAGUCAUUGAAGCGAGGGAAAAUUGAUCCCUCGCGGGCACUCCUGAUUGCAUCGGAUGAGCCGAUACGUGUUGAAUUUAAUGACGAUGAAUCAUGCAAUGCUUAUGCAGAAGUGCGACUCGGCUACGCCUAUGCCAGACAGAGUGCCGACGACGCAUUUUCGACUUGCACCAAUUUGUCCUUGGCGAAUAUGUAUUUUCAUGAAUGUGUGGAAAUAGAGGAUGAAGAGACUUGGGAAUAUGUCGACGAGUGGCUGGAGAGCAAUCCAGUGAUUGAUGAAUUAGAAGAGUACGGACCGGCUAUUGUAAGCGCAGGGGCUUACUAUCCGGGAGAGCAGACAAUGAGGAAGCCAAAGAUAUUUGAGUGA